GCUGGUUAUAGCGACCAAAACGGAGAGUUUAUUUAAUAACUGAAUUAUAAAUUAAAGUGAAAUGUCGACCACAUUUACCAUAAAUGGACAACCGUAUGCAGUUAACCUUACCGACCUCCCACCGGACAUAACUCUGAACACCUUCAUCCGGGAACACGCCCAACUGACGGCCACGAAGUUUAUGUGCCUGGAGGGAGGAUGUGGAGCUUGUGUUUGCGCAGUGAGCGAUGGGAAGAGCACCUGGACAGUGAACUCGUGUCUCAAGCUGCUGAAUACCUGUGCCCAGCUGGAGAUUAUUACGUGCGAGGGACUGGGUAACCAGGUAACGGGCUACCAUCCGAUUCAGAAGCGGCUGGCCAAGAUGAACGGCACCCAGUGCGGCUUUUGCUCGCCGGGAUUCGUGAUGAACAUGUAUGGGUUGAUGGAACAGCAUGGCGGCAGAGUGACCAUGGAGGAGGUGGAGAACUCCUUCGGCGGAAACAUUUGUCGCUGCACUGGAUAUCGUCCCAUUCUGGAUGCCAUGAAGUCCUUUGCGGUGGACAGCACCGUUGAGGUUUCCGAAGAGAGCGUUGAUAUUGAGGAUCUCAAUCUGAAGGCUCGAAACUGUCCAAGAUCGGGAAAAGUCUGCAAGGGUACAUGUCGGCAAUCCAAACUAAUCUACGAGGAUGGAUCCCAGUGGUACUGGCCAAGCACACUGGCGGAAAUAUUCGAGGCACUAGAAAAUGUGGGGGAUUCGGAAGAGUUCAUGCUGGUUGGAGGUAAUACGGCUCAUGGGGUCUACAGGAGAUCCCCCGACAUAAAGCAUUUCAUUGAUGUGAAUGGUGUGGAGGAUUUGCAUCAGUACAGCUCAGAUAAGGAAAAACUAACCUUGGGCGCUAGUCUCAGUUUGACCGAAACGAUGGAAAUAAUACAAAGCACUUCGAAGCAAUCAGGAUUUGAGUAUCUUGAGGUCCUGUGGCACCACAUCGACCUUGUCGCCAAUGUUCCUGUUCGAAAUUCUGGCACUUUGGCAGGCAAUAUUUGUACCAAAAAGGAACAUCCCGAGUUUCCAUCCGAUAUAUUUAUAUCCUUUGAAGCUCUGGAUGUCAAGGUUGUUGCAAUGAAAGGCAUCGACGAUGAAAAAGAAAUGACUUUAGAGGAAUUUUUGGGUGAUACGGAUAGAAAAAUGCUGCUCAAGGCCUUCAUUCUCCCUAGAUACCCCAAGGAUAUGUAUAUUUACGACUCCUUCAAGAUCAUGCCAAGAGCGCAAAAUGCUCAUGCUUAUGUUAAUGCAGGAUUUCUUCUGGAAUUGGAUGGCAACUCAAUGGUGAAAUCUGCCCGUAUUUGCUUUGGUGGAAUUCGACCGGAUUUCAUUCAUGCCACAGAUAUUGAACAGUUAAUGGUGGGUCACAGUCCCUACGAAUCAAAUUUGGUGGAACAAACAUUCAACAAGCUGGAGAGUCUGGUCAAGCCGGAUGAGGUUCUACCCGAUGCCAGUCCCGCCUACCGUUCCAAAUUGGCCUGCGGACUGCUCUACAAGUUCCUCUUGAAACACGCCCCCGAUGCGGAGGUCAGCGGAAAGUUCAAGAGCGGCGGUGAGCUGCUCCAGCGGCCACUCUCCUCCGGCUUGCAGCUCUUCCAGACCAAUAAACAGACCUACCCCGUGACACAGGGCGUGCAGAAGCUGGAGGGCAUGAUUCAGUGCUCCGGAGAGGCCACAUAUAUGAACGAUGUGCUGACCACUUCCAACUCCGUUUACUGCGCCUUUGUGGGCGCCACAAAGGUGGGAGCCACCAUUGAUCAAAUCGAUGCUACGGAAGCUCUCCAACAUCCAGGAGUGGUGGCCUUUUACACUGCGAAGGACAUUCCCGGAACGAAUACUUUCUGUGAGCCCAGUUUUGGUUACGAAGCGGAGGAGAUUUUCUGCUCUGGAAUGGUGCGCCACUCGGAACAACCAGUGGGUGUAAUCGUGGCUCUUACUGCUGACCAAGCCCAAAGGGCAACAAAGCUUGUCAAGAUCAGCUAUAGCAGCCCCAGUUCCAACUUCAAGCUGAUGCCGAGUUUGAAGGAUGUGUUCUCCUCCGAAACUCCAGAUACUUCUCGCAUUAUACCCUUGGUUAUAUCAAAGCUUAAGGAAGUAAAGUUUUCUGACAAACCUGAUUUGGAAGUGAGGGGCAUAUUCGAGAUGGGACUGCAGUAUCACUUCACCAUGGAACCGCAGACCACUAUUAUUAUUCCCUUUGAAGAUGGACUAAAGGUCUUCUCGGCUACCCAAUGGAUUGAUCAGACUCAAUCAGUGAUUGCUCAUACCCUGCAGAUGAAAGCCAAAGAUGUGCAACUAGAGGUUCGCAGAUUGGGUGGUGGAUAUGGCUGCAAAAUAUCCAGAGGUAACCAGGUUGCCUGUGCAGCCGCCUUGGCUGCCCAUAAGCUGAAUCGUCCCGUUCGCUUUGUCCAAUCCCUGGAGUCCAUGAUGGAUUGCAAUGGAAAGAGGUGGGCCUGUCGUUCCGAAUAUCAGUGUCACGUGAAGACCAGUGGCAGGAUCGUCGGGCUGUCCAACGAUUUUUACGAGGACGCUGGCUGGAACACGAACGAGAGUCCUGUGCAAGGACACUCCACUUUCACAGCAGCCAACUGCUAUGAAUUCACCGAUAGCAACUUCAAGCUGAGUGGUCAUGCUGUUCUUACGGAUGCCCCAAGUUCCACUUGGUGCCGUGCUCCUGGAUCAGUGGAGGGCAUUGCUAUGAUGGAGAACAUCAUCGAGCACGUGGCAUUCGAAAUCCAGAAAGACCCAGCCGAAGUGCGACUAGCAAACAUUAGUAAGAAGAGUAAGAUGGCAACCGUCUUUCCAGAGUUCCUCAAGACUAGGGAGUACUACUCCCGGAAGAAGGAGAUCGAGGCAUUCAAUGCCAACAAUCGAUGGAAAAAAAGAGGCUUGGGUCUCUCCUUGAUGAACUUCCCCAUUAUCUACAUUGGGCAGUUUCCGGCAACGGUGACUAUUUACCAUGUAGAUGGCACUGUUGUGGUUACCCAUGGGGGCAUAGAAAUGGGUCAGGGUAUGAAUACAAAGAUAGCUCAAGUGGCGGCCUAUACCCUGGGAAUCGAUUUGAGCUACGUGAAAGUGGAGUCCUCAACUAGCAUCAAUGGAGCCAAUUCAAUGGUCACUGGCUAUGCCAUCGGAAGCGAGAGUGUCUGCUACGCAGUCCGUAAGAUCUGCGAGACGCUCAAUGCCCGAUUGAAGCCAGUGAGGAAGGCCAAGGCCACUUGGGUGGAGACUGUGGAAGCGGCCAAUGCCCAGUUGAUCAAUCUGAUAGCCUCGGAUCACUACAAGACCGGCGACAUGCAGAACUACCAUGUGCUGGGACUUGCCCUUUCCGAGGUGGAGAUCGAUGUGCUGACCGGCAACAUUCUGAUCAGGCGGGUGGACAUCCUAGAGGACGCCGGUGAGAGCCUGAGUCCCUGGAUAGAUGUCGGUCAGGUGGAGGGCGCCUUCGUCAUGGGCCUGGGCUACUGGCUCAGCGAACUGCUCAUCUACGAGGGCGACAAUGGUCGCCUGCUGACUAACCGCACAUGGAACUACAAGCCGUUGGGUGCGAAGGACAUUCCCAUUGAUUUCCGCGUGGAACUGGUCCACAAUCCACGACCGAGUAGUUCGGGUUUCAUGGGCUCAAAGGCCACCGGAGAGCCUCCUUGCUGUUUGGCUGUUAGUGUGAUUUUUGCACUUCAACAGGCUCUGCAAUCAGCGCGCCAGGAUGCAGGACUUCCUCGGGAGUGGCUUCGCUUGGGGGCACCCACAACUCCAGAGACUCUGCUACUAAAUGCCGGACACCAAGUCUCGGAGUUCAAGUUGAAAUAA